AUGGGCAAGAAGGGGUUUAUCAAUAAGAAGACUGCGCAGACCUUCCAGCUCGUGCAUCGUUCGCAGCGUGAUCCGCUCAUUCACGAUGAGGAUGCUUCGGCGAUGGUCUUCAAGCCCCUGGAUGCGCCAAAUGUGAAGAAGGGCGCUGCGGCGGUGAAGACGAAGGAUGAUUUGGAGGCCGAGCUGGGAGAGGAGGCUUCUCAUGUUCGCGGUAAUGAGGGUGAGGCUGCGAAUUAUGGUAUCUUGUACGACGAUACGCAGUACGACUACAUGCAGCACAUUCGCGAGGUCGGAAACAGCGUUGAUGCGAUUUGGGUCGAGGCACCGGGCGCACAGCAGAAGAAGAAGAAGGCGAAGGUAACUGGGAUGGGUAUGGCGUUGAAGGAGGACAUUCUGCCGGCAGAGGUUUUGCCAUCAAACGAAGAAAUCCCACGGAAUUACCAGAACUUCCAGGCUGUGCAGGAUGAGAUUGCUGGUUUCCAGCCUGAUAUGGAUCCCAGAUUACGUGAGGUUUUGGAGGCUUUGGAGGACGAGGCAUAUGUCGAGGAAGACGAGCAUGUGUUCGCGGAGUUGGCGGCAAGUGGUGAACGCCAGGCUGAUGCAUUCGAUGAUGACGACGAUUUCUGGGAUGAUGAGGAGGAGGAGGGGGAGGAUGGUUAUGCGACGGACGACACUACGAAAGCCUCGGCACAGCCAGCACGAUCAGAUUGGGAAAACGAGUUCUCGAAAUUCAAGCAAGCACGAAGAGCCGCACCAGGCUCCGACGACGACAUGGAUUCAGACUACGGAAGCGUCAUGGCAGGCCUCAACAAGCUGAAGUUGAACAAGAACAGACGUGGACCAGGAUCAGUAGUGUCAUCAAACUACUCCAUGUCCUCCUCCGCUAUGUUCCGUAACGAGGGUCUCACGCUUCUUGAUGAUCGUUUCGACAAGAUUGAGCAAGAGUAUAUGGACGACAUGGAUGAGGAAGAGGAAGACGAACUCGCCGAUGCUGAACAGCGACCAGAUUUGGAGGCUAUUUUCGAUGAUUUCUUGGAUAAUUAUGCGGUGAAGGGAAAGAAGUUGGUGCCGAUGUCGAAGCAUGAGAACGGGUUGUACCAGCUGGAUGAGGUCAGAAGAGAUCUUGGCGGAGCACGAAUCUACGAGCCGAAGGAGAAGAGUACGAAGAAGAAGGCUGCGAAGACUGCUGCGACCGCUGAGGAAACCGAGGCCAAGGUUCCGGAAGUUAUGGGUCGCGUGUCUGCGGCUCCGAAGAACAAGCCGAAGGUGUUGAGGAUCUGA